AUGGGUGUUGCUGAUUUAAUCAAGAAAUUCGAAAGUAUCUCAAAAGAAGAAGGAGAUCCUGCCGUUGAUACGAGUAGCAGGUCAAAGCCACUCAAAUCUGACGACGAGGCCAGGGACCCGUCCGAACAAGAGCUACCUGUUAUUUCUCAAGAAGACAAUGUGAUUGCAAUUGGAACAUCCAACGAUGACGGAUUAGCAGAAGAGCCUUUAGAAAUAAGGUCCCAAAAACCUGAGACUAGCGAAGAACAGGAAAAGGAGAGUUCCGGAAAGGAGGAAGAAAUGGGCUUCAAUAGCGGGAACGAAGUGGAUUCUAAAACUCAAAAAAAUGAUUCCGACGUUGGUGAUUUUCAAGAGUCCAAAGAAAUCAAAGAGACAAGUACUGAAGUUCCUGCAAACAAUACUGUUGAAUCCGAUGCUAUCGAAGAAAACUUGGCUAAGGAAACUGAAGGAAUUGCUGGCUCGAAACAAGAAGAAAACGAAGAAAAGGAAGAACACGUCGAACCAAAAGAGGUUUCUUCGAAUAAUUCAUCUGAAUCAAUUGAAGAGGGUUCUGAAUCUGAAGAGGAUGCUGACAUCGAGCAAUCUAAUAGCGAAGAACCUCAAAACUCCGAAAACAAUACUUUGCAAGCUAAUGAUGCCUCUACAUGUUCUACAACUUCUAAGAACAGAAAAAAAAAAAACAAAAAGAAAAACAAGAAGAAGAAAAAUGCCAAUGCCAAUGCCAACGCUGAUAUCGAAGCCAGUACCAGUACCAGUAACAAUACCAAUAACAGUACCGGAAACAGUACCUGUAGAAGUGGCGAUACAGCCAACACCAAUAUCAAUAUUACCGACGCCACUAUGUCAUCAACAAGCUCUGCAGUUCAAGAAGUGAACAAUUUAGAGGUUGUUGAUGACCCUUGUCUUGGCAUUGAUCAACAGCAUGACAAGGAGCAUUUAAAAGCACUAACCCAAGAUGUAAAGGAAGAGACGUUAGAAAACAUUGCACAUGAGGGGAAAGGCAACGAUGGCAUGGAUGACAAGAAUGCGACAGAAAAAUCAGAUUUCGAAAAAUCAGAUACUGAAGGUUCAAGAAUAGGCCGUGAUUUACCAUUUGAAUUUGGGAAACGAAACUUAACUGAAGAAUCUGACGUUUGGGAUCAUAACGCUUGGGAUAAUGUCGAAUGGGGUGAAGAACAAGUUCAGCAAGCAGAGGAAAAAAUCAAAGAGCAAUUUAAACAUCCUGUUCCUGAUUUUGACAAAAAGUUAUACAACGAAAAUCCAGCACGUUACUGGGACAUUUUUUAUAAGAAUAACAAAGAAAACUUUUUCAAAGACAGAAAGUGGUUACAAAUUGAAUUUCCAGUCUUAUACGCAUCUACAAGGAAAGAUGCAGAUCCCGUUACAAUAUUUGAAAUUGGUUGUGGAGCAGGUAACACUUUCUUCCCAAUCUUGAAAGAUAAUGAAAACGAAAACUUGAAAAUAAUAGCAGCAGAUUUUGCCCCAAGAGCAGUUGAAUUAGUCAAAAAUUCCGAACAGUUCAAUUCUCAGUAUGGUCACGCCACAGUGUGGGAUUUAGCGAAUCCCGAUGGCAACUUACCUGAUGGUGUCGCUCCUCAUUCGGUGGACAUUGCAGUGAUGAUAUUUGUCUUUAGCGCUUUGGCUCCCAAUCAAUGGGAUCAAGCCAUGGAUAACCUUCACAAAAUUCUAAAACCAGGUGGCAAGAUCAUAUUCCGUGACUACGGUGCAUAUGAUUUAACUCAAGUUAGAUUUAAAAAGAACAGGAUACUAGAGGAGAACUUUUACGUUAGAGGUGAUGGAACAAGAGUUUAUUUUUUCUCAGAAGAGAAACUAAGAGAAAUUUUUACCAAAAAGUACUUCCUGGAGAAUAAAAUUGGAACCGAUAGAAGAUUAUUAGUUAAUAGAAAAAGACAACUAAAAAUGUAUCGUUGUUGGGUACAAGCUGUUUUUGAUGUUCCUCAAUAG